AUGAAUACAUUAAUUGUUACACAUUUCUCCUCUUAUGACAUUUAUCUCUCCCUGCGGAGCAUAGGUUCUAGCAGGAAGAAGGCAGGAAGAAGGCAGGAAGAAGGCAGGAAGAAGGCAGGAAGAAGAAAGAAAGAAGAAAGAAAGAAGAAGAAAGAAGAAAGAAGAAAGAAGAAAGAAGAAGAAAGAAGAAAGAAGAAGAAGAAGAAGAAGAAGAAGAAGAAGAAGAAGAAGAAGAAGAAGAAGAAGAAGAAGAAGAAGAAGAAGAAGAAGAAGAAGAAGAAGAAGAAGAAGAAGAAGAAGAAGAAGAAGAAGAAGAAGAAGAAGAAGAAGAAGAAGAAGAAGAAGAAGAAGAUGAAUAAGAA